AUGCCUUCCAUCUUCAAGUACGCCGCUGUGGCUUUCGCCGCAGUCGCUCCUAUGGCUUCUGCGCAGACCUACUCCAAGUGUAACCCUAUUGAGAAGACAUGCCCUGCCAAUCCUGGUUUGGCCCAGUCCGAUGAAGACUUCGACUUCACCAAGGGCUCUCUUGACAAGUGGACCACCACUGCCGGCAAGGUCAACACCGGUGCUGACGGUGCUGUCUUCACUAUCAACAAGCAGGGUGAUGCUCCUACUAUCCAGUCCGACUUUUACUUGUUCUACGGUUCCGUUGAAGUCACCAUGAAAGCUGCCCCCGGCACAGGCAUUGUUAGUUCCAUUGUCCUGGAGUCCGAUACUCUUGAUGAGGUCGACUGGGAGGCUCUUGGUGGUAACACUGGUGCUAUUGAGACCAACUACUUCGGUAAGGGCGAUACCUCGACCUAUGACCGUGACACUUGGCCUGGUGUGGCCAACCCCCAGGGUCAAUUCCACACCUACAAGGUGGACUGGCAAAAGGAUCACAUUACCUGGUACAUUGACGGUGCUGCUGUCCGUACUCUGAACUACGCCGAUGCUCAGGGCGGUUCUCGCUUCCCCCAGACCCCCAUGAACAUCCGCAUCGGUAUCUGGGCUGGUGGUGACCCCACCAACGGCAAGGGCACGAUUGAGUGGGCCGGUGGUCAGACCGACUACUCUGCUGCUCCCUUCUCCAUGUACAUCAAGGACAUCAAGGUUCACAACGCCAACCCCGCCCAGUCGUACACCUACACCGACAAGUCUGGUUCCUCUGAUUCCAUCAAGGAGGGCGGUGCUGUUUCGGGAUCUCAGACUCGCGACACUACUACCAGCUCCGAGCUCAGCACCACCGAGGCCACUACCACCGCUACCACUAGCGAUGCUCCCACCACUACCAGUGCUGCUCCCACCACUACCAGUGCUGCUCCCACCACUGCCACUACCCUGACCACUGCUACCAAGUCUUCCUCGACUGACUCUACCACCGCUGAGUCCACCACUGCCGGCUCUACCACCGCCAGCUCUUCCUCUGCCGCUGGCUCCUCUGCCGCUGGCAACUCCUCUGCCGCUGGCAGCUCCGGCGCUGGUUCUAGCUCUGGUGGUGCUAGCAGCACUGCUGGCUCCGGUUCCAACUCUGGCAGUGGCUCGGGCUCGGGCUCCGCCACUGGCAGCGCUACCACCCCCACCUCGACCUUCAACGCUGCCUCCAACGUGGCUGCCAGCAUGGGUUCUCUCGGCUUCCUGGCCCUGCUCUCUGCUUUUAUCCAGCUUUAA